AUGGCUAGAAAAUUUGAAGGGCGUGCCGUCGGAAUAGAUCUUGGAACAACUUAUUCAUGUGUUGCAGUAUGGCAGGAGCAACAUUGUCGAGUUGAGAUCAUUCACAAUGAUCAAGGCAAUAGAACAACCCCUUCUUUUGUUGCUUUCACUGAUGAUGAUCAGAGGUUGGUUGGUGAUGCCGCUAAGAACCAAGCUGCUGCCAACUCUGAAAACACUGUUUUUGAUGUUAAGAGGUUAAUCGGUAGGAAGUUUAGUGAUACUAUUGUUCAAGAUGAUAUACUUUUAUGGCCAUUCAAGGUCAGUGCUGGUGUCGAAGACAAACCGAUAAUUACUGUGAAGUACAAGGGCCAGGAAAAACAAUUAUGUGCUGAAGAAGUAUCGUCUAUGGUACUCACCAAAAUGCGAGAGAUUGCUGAGGCAUAUUUACAGUCUCCUGUUAAGAAUGCUGUUGUUACUGUGCCGGCAUAUUUCAGUGAUUCUCAGCGAAAAGCCACCAUAGAUGCUGGGUCUAUUGCUGGCCUCGACGUUAUGAGGGUAAUGAAUGAACCUACUGCUGCAGCUGUUGCAUAUGGUCUUGACAAGAGGACUGAUUAUGAUGGAGAAAGAAAUAUUUUUGUGUUUGAUCUUGGGGGUGGCACGUUUGACGUGUCUCUACUAACUAUUAAGGGUGAUGUGUUCAAAGUAAAGGCAACAGCUGGAAACACUCACCUUGGUGGAGAAGACUUUGAUAACAGAAUGGUGAACUACUUUGUACAAGAGUUCAAGAAAAAGAACAAAGUGGAUAUUAGUGGAAAUCCCAAAGCAUUGAGGAGGUUGAGAACUGCUUGUGAGAGGGCAAAAAGAUCACUUUCUUUUCUUGUAGUUGCAACUAUUGAAGUAGAUUCUUUAUUUCAAGGCAUUGAUUUUUCUUCAUCUAUCAAUAGAGCCAAGUUCGAGGAAAUGAAUAUGGACCUUUUCAAUGAGUGUAUGAAGAUUGUUGAAAGUUGUGUAAUGGAUGCUAAGAUGGACAAGAGCAUGAUAGAUGAUGUUGUACUUGUUGGUGGAUCUUCUAGGAUUCCUAAAAUACAGCAGCUAUUACAGGACUUGUUCAACGGGAAGGAGUUGUGCAAAAGCAUUAAUCCUGAUGAGGCUGUGGCUUAUGGGGCAGCUGUUCAGGCAGCUUUAUUGAGUGAAGAUGUUAAGAAUGUUCCAAAGUUGGUGCUGCAGGAUGUUACACCUUUGUCUCUUGGUAUAUAUUUAUUAGGAGAUAUCAUGAGUGUGGUGAUUCCUAAGAACACUUGCAUUCCUGUCAUAAAGACAAGAUCAUAUUAUGCAGCCAUAGAUAACCAAAAGAAUUUUUUUAUUGAGGUUUAUGAGGGUGAGAGAACAAAAGCCAGUGAAAACAAUUUGCUUGGUUCUUUUACUCUUUCUGGCAUUCCCCCAGCUCCUCGUGACACCCUUAUGUCAAAUGUCUCUUUUGCUAUAGAUGAAAAUGGCAUUCUGACAGUUUCUGCUAUUAAUAAUGCUUCUGGAAAUUCAAAUGAGAUUACAAUAACCAACUACAAAGAAAGGAUGUCAGCUGAAGAAAUUAAAAAAUUGAUUAAAGAAGCUGAGAAUUUCCAUAUUGAAGACAAGAAAUUUCUAAGGAAGGCCAAAGCAGUGAAUGCAUUGGAUGACUACAUUUACAAAAUGAUGAAUACUUUAAAGAAAAAGGAUAUUAAUUUGAAGCUGUCCUCACAAGAAAUCAAGCAGAUUGAAGAUGCAAUUGCAGUGGCUAAAAACCUCGUUGACGAGAAUAACAAGCAGGUUGAAAUAGAAGUUCUGGAAGAUCACCUUGAAGGGCUUGAGAGCAAGAUGAAACACAUUAUAGCCAAGACUAUUUAG